AUGAUGGGGUCUGUUAAGCCGAGCUCACUGGAGAUUCCAGACCAACCACACUCGAAUCCAGCUCGUAUUCGAAUUAUCCAUAUUGGAGCUGGAGCAAGCGGGAUUUUAACAGCAUACAAGGCCAAGAAGCUGCUGAGGAACUAUGACCUGACUUGCUAUGAGAAGAACGAGACCAUCGGUGGAACCUGGCUGGAGAACAAAUAUCCCGUUUUCUCUUCUUCAGGAUGUGCGUGCGACAUACCUGCCCAUGUCUAUACAUAUCCGUUUGAAGGGAACCCCGAUUGGGGUAGCUUUUACGCGCCAUCAGAUGAGAUCGAAGGGUACCUCCGUCGGUUUUAUGAAAAACACGAGCUCCAAGGCUUCUUCCGGUUCAAUACCGAAGUCAUCUCAGCAACCUGGGAUGGAAAUUUGGGACAGUAUAUUGUGCAGCUGAGAGGUGAGGAUGGCAAAACGACGGAAGAUUGGUGCCAUGCGUUGAUUAAUGGAAGUGGGGUUUCAAAUAAGUGGAAGUGGCCGGACAUUCCAGGUCUCGAUUCAUUCAAGGGCCCCUUGAUGCAUACUGCGGCCUGGAAAAAGGACGUGGAGGUACAAGGGAAGCGCAUUGCAGUUAUUGGGGGCGGUUCAAGUUCAGUGCAAGUUGUACCUGAGAUGCAAAAGGUGGCGUCCCAGCUUUACGUUUGCAUGAGAAGUCCCCUUUGGGUUUGCCCACCGUCCGCAAGUGAUAUUCUAGAACGCUCAAAGGUUGAACAAGCGACUAGCAGUCAAGAGCAGAGCGAUGUCCAGGGUACUGCCGAAAAUCCACACCGAAAGAAUGCAGCCAACCAAUAUAUUUAUUCUCCUAAAGAAAAGGAGACGUUUGCAAAAGACAAUCAGGCGGAGCUACUCAAAUACAGACGCGCUCUUGAAAAGGCAGAAGUAUCCGAGUUUGCCUUCUUUCUCAGUGGCUCAGAGAUAAACAAGGAGGCGAAGAAGGAGUGGGCUGAGAGAAUGGACUCUCGAAUGGGUCCUGGACACGAGGAGCUGAAGAAGAUGAUUAUCCCAACCAGCUCUCUAUACGGGGUGAAUGGACUGUCAAUCCGCGACUGGUGGAAUCCGUUACCAAAGCCAUACCUUGCAACAACAACUCCACAUUUCCCCAACUACUUCCAUAUUAACGGUCCACGAGGAAACUGGGCUCUGGGCUGUGCGAUGCCAUCCAUCGGGGCACAAAUAGAGUAUGCAAUGAAAUGCAUUGCCAAGAUGUCCGAUGACCAGGUCAAAGCGAUGGAGGUUCGCGAGGAUGUAACGCAGCAGCUCAACGAUUAUUUCGAUGCCUGGCACAGCGGAUCGGUGUGGGGAGAAAAAUGUAAGAGUUGGUAUAAAAACAACACUACCGAUGGCCCGGUAAUGCUCUGGGCAGGAUCAUUGGUCCAUAUGCUCAAGACACUGCAGACGCCACGCUUUGAACACUACAGGUUUGAGUAUCGAAAUAGUAACAUGUGGACGUUCCUCAAGAACGGGCGUACGGCAGCCGAAGUAGAAGGACGGUGGGACGAUGCGGUGGCAUACUUGCGUAACGAGGACGUCCCAUAUCAUAUUGACUAG